AGUGGUCAUGAAAUGCUCUUUUUUUAAAUAGUUUUAUUAUCUUCCCUGAGGUCCACGGAUAAUGUUAGUAAUGUUUUUUUUGUUUUUGUUUUGUUUUGUUUUUGCAUUAAGUAAUAAGUCAAAUUUAGUAAUAUAUGAUCAUUUUCCACCCUGACUCUGGCCCUCUGUCUGAAACACUCAAUAAGGUUUUGGCCCAAACUCCUCCUUAAAACUUCAACGUAAACGGCCACUGUUAUGAUUGGCUAACAGCAUGCAGUCCCUAGAAAUCAGCCAUAUUUGAAACUCAGUCUGAAGAGAAUGAACAAGCUCCACGAUAAUAUAAAACUAAAUUUCAGGGUUUACACAUAACGCACAUCCAACACAUUGCAUCUAAAUAUAUUAAACAGUUCAUCUCAAGCACAACUGUUAACACUCACACCCUGUCUACACCGGACGUGAGAGUUGCAUCUCAUCAAAAGCAAUAGAAACCAUUAUAAUCAAUGAUGCUGUCUGUUGCGGCACGUCGCUUUGCGCUGACAGUAAACAGAUGUCUUGUUCUAUUUUGCGUUGCAGGCGCUGGCACUGCUACUGCCAACAACAAAAAUAAAGAGUUUAGAAAAUUUGUGUCGACAUGCCCGGUGUAGACAGCAUCAAGCUGUCUUAAACUACCUUAAACUAUUAAACAGUCAUGAGUCAUGACAUUUGAAAUAUUUGUGAAUGGAACUGUUUACUUACUGUUUUGCAUCAUGUCCAAGUGUUUUUAACUGGCCCAUCCUUCAGUAACAGUUCCUUCACAAAGAAUCCAUGCUGAUUGCAGAAAAACAUGCAAUACAUGCUGAAAUACGCUCAAGACACAUCCACAUCCAGUUUCCAGUAUCAUACUGUACUGAUAUGCACAUUGCCGGAAAAGCAUCUAUACAGUCAAAGAAGCCCAUCCAGUGUAUGUUUUCAUAUACCAACAAUUAAAAAUAGCGCAGAUGGGCAAAAAAACUUGUUCAUAACGCAUUUGUGCUCAAAGCAGCAAGAGGCAGCAGCUGAAAGACAGAGAAUGGUUUCUCCUCUUCAGAGUUGUAACUUGACACUACGUCUUUUAAAAGCGGCCCAAGAUAUGUAUCAAGCGGUCAAAGACGUUUGUCUGUGCAUGUUUAAAUACACAAAUAAUUUAAAAUAGUCCAGAUGGGUCCCCUUUGGUGUUCAGGAAUAGUGAGGACACUAGUUCUGAGUUCUGAAAUUUACAGUAUGUUUUUAUAGUAGAAAGACCUCUUAUAUGUCAAAAUAUCAAGGAAAAUUAGAUUACUCAUGGCAUGACCCCUUAAUGACAAAGAGUAUUGGACACAUGGUCAUCAAACUUAAAAAUUGCACUGCAAAGAAUUACUGAAUAUUUUUAUUACAUUUAUUAUUCUUACUCCAUUGGCAUUUUUUCUUCUUCGUAUAUUUGUUACUCAAAUGUUUAUGACAGUUUUUAUAGAUACUGAAAUAUCUUUUUAGAGAUUUUUAUAAUGUCUAGAUACUACAGAAAAAGAAAGAGAAGUGUGGAAGUAUGCUAUUCUGAAAUAGCCUAAUUGACUUCAUACGUCUAUUAAAAAUGACAAUAGGACCAGUUGGUUAUACAGUAAGUAACUGCAGAAAUGGUUAAGAAAAAUGUUAUGCCACAUGAAACUUCCACUUGGUUUGAUAUUUUAUCUAAUUCAAUAAAACCCAUAAAUAUUCAGUGUAACUUUGACCAAAUACUUUUUUAAAUGGCCACACUACUUGAGUUAAUCAGUUGCAGAGAAAAUAGUCUAAAUAGUAAGAGGUGUAAUUUAUCUGUUUUCAGAUGUAGAUGACCCUUAUGGCCUGUCUAAACUCCUCUCCAGAAGGGAGCGUCACUGAGUCCCUAUUUUAUGGAUAACGGUGACAAGACAAGCCUGUGGCUACCAUGGUAACGUUCAACAACACGACUGACAUCCACAAGAUGCAGCCUCCAUCCUGCAUAAACACUCCAAUGUCGCCAGGCAUGCGUCGCAAACAGCUGCUGUGGCAGAACGCUGUCAAACACAUCAUCGGCCAGCGUGAGAUGAGGGAGCAGCUUGGUGUGGAGCCAGCCCGGAAGAUUUACGUCACUGAUGCCUAUAUUGAGGAAAUCAACAAACAGAUAUGCAGCAAAGCAUCACGGGGCAUGACAAAACGACGUUCCUCAGCUGCGAGAGUUCAUCCAUCCUUUUUUGGGGAGCGUAGCAACUCCUCGACUUUGCAAACCAGAAGAGCUACACACUAUGUUAGUGAUGCUGACUUUUUUGUUCACUGGGGCCACACCAUCCAUGGGGUGUAUGUGCCAACAUUGAGACACACUUUCAAAUCCAGAGACCUUGAGAAACUCUACCAGCGCCAUUCCUCACACACUAGAAGAACCUCUUUAGUUAUCACCAACAUCAUCAAUGCAGCUGCCAAACUGCACCUACUUUUGCUCUACCUGGCCCUGGCUCCAGAGGGUUCAGACACACUGCUGGGCUGGUUCACUGGGUUCUUCAUGGCCUGUGAAGUUGCCCUGUGUGUUUUGGUACUCACCUGUAAGCGCUCACAUUCACCAAGAUGGUUGCAUUAUGCUGGCAUGGCUAGCUGGCUGUCACAGACUGCUCAGAUAUUGGGUGGACUGGCAUACGGGCUGGAAAGAGACCAAUCCUGGUAUGUUCUGUUCACUCUAUUCGCCACAUACACUCUGCUGCCACUGCCACUGCUCUGGGCCAUUGGAGCUGGCACACUCACCUCCACACUGCACCUAAUUUUAGAGAUUAUACGUCACUUCAGUGAAGUGGGAUUGCUGAGAAAGAUUCUUGCCAAGGCUUUACUAUACAUAUGCAUGAACGUGGUGGGUCUGUUUGUCCAUUACCUGACCGACCGAUCCCAGAGACAAGCCUUUCUGGAGACACGCCGCUGCAUCGAAGGCCACAUGAGACUGGAAACAGAAAACCAGAGACAGGAGCGUUUGGUACUGUCUAUACUUCCUCGCUUUGUUGCCUUGGAGAUGAUUGCUGAUAUGACUUCUAUGGAUGAUGAGCUUAUUCCACAGCAAUUUCACAAAAUAUAUAUCCAUCAGUACAAAGAUGUCAGUAUCCUCUUUGCUGACAUAAAGGGCUUCACGCUGUUAUCCAUGAACAUGUCCGCUCAGGAGUUAGUGCGCUUACUCAAUGAGCUUUUUGGACGUUUUGACCGGCUAGCUGAGGAGCAUCACUGCAUGAGAAUAAAGAUCUUAGGGGACUGUUACUACUGUGUGUCUGGAGUACCAGAGCCUCAGAGGGCACAUGCCCGCUACUGUGUGGAAAUGGGACUAGCCAUGAUCUGCACCAUACGAUCUGUAAGAAAGCAACUAAACUGUGACAUGGAUAUGCGGAUUGGGAUCCACUCUGGCACUGUUCUGUGUGGGGUUCUAGGCCUACAGAAAUGGCAGUUUGACGUUUGGUCCUGGGAUGUAGGCAUUGCUAACAUGCUUGAAGCAGGAGGUAUUCCUGGACGCAUCCAUAUUUCACGCGCUACCCUAAACUGCCUGGAGGGGAACUACGAGACAGAAGAUGGCCGUGGAUAUGAACGCAAUGAGUUUCUACGAAAACACAACAUUGACACAUUCCUCAUCUGCCACAAGGAAGAGGACCUAGACAAUGUUGAAAUGGAACCUCCAAAAACCCGGCAAAACCGUCGCCCUUGGAACACUGAAGUUCCAUUUGACAAAAUAAUUGAUAUUAAUUGUAUCUUGGCCUCCUUCACCAAUGGUUCUUACGCACAGUUUCCUAAUUCAUCAGCAACCAGAUCUAAGGAGAUCAACAAACGCAUCAACCAUGCCAUCGAUCUACGCAGCAGUGAACAAAUGCGUCAGGAGCACAUCACUCCAGCCACACUGGUCUUUAAGGACAUGAACAUUGAGGAGAAGUUCUCACAGAUGAGGGAUGAGAUGUUUAAGACCAGUUUGGUCUGCUCCUUCAUCAUGCUCCUCCUGCUUAUGGCAGUCCAAGCCCUCAUCCCUGCACCCAGGUUGUAUUACUGGACAGCAGUUCAGUUCAGUCUGUUCUUGCUGGGAUAUCUGUUACUGCUGGUGAUGGUCCUGGCUGAGGAGUUCAAACAUUCUCCUGUUGUCCUUCAGCAGUUCUGCUGCUGGAUUCAUGAGAACAACACUAUGCGCAACUUGCUCACCGUCACGGCCAUAACAAUCAACUUUGGAAUGGCCCCCUGUGACAUGAUAUGGUGUAAAACUAAGACAGGGGAAAUAAGCACCAAUGAGACAAAGGAUCAUCAGACCAGCCAGAAGCUACUAACUGUCUGCUCCUAUCCAGAGUUCUUUGUACUGAGUGGGGUGGUUUCGAUGGUGACCUGUGCUGUGUUCCUGAGGCUGAGCUCACUGUUGAAGUUGAGUAUUCUGUUGCUGGUGGUGACUGUCUAUGCAUACUUUAUCGAAGUGUCCUUCCACAUUCUGUAUGUAAAUCAAUCAGGGCAGGAACAGUUAAGUAGGUCUCACUACAUCAGAAGGAAGGGAGUCUCAAUUCUGUUGAUGGCAAUAUUUGUCAUAGCUGUGUUCUACAAUGGUCGACGGUGGGAGGCUACAACACGACUGGACUUUUUGUGGCGUCUGCAGGCUCAGCAGGAAGUUCAGGAAAUGAGAGAUUUGAGGGAACAGAAUGAGUGUCUGCUGCAUAACAUCCUGCCUGCACAUGUUGCUCGUCACUUCCUAGAGAGGAACAGAAAUGACGAGGAGCUGUACUCGCAGUCCUAUGAUGACGUAGGGGUGAUGUUUGCCUCCAUCGCUGGCUUUAAUGACUACUAUGAACAGAGAGAGAUCAAACAUGAGGGAGUUGAGUGUCUUAAACUGCUCAACGAGAUCAUUGCAGAAUUUGAUGAGCUAUUGGAGGAGUCAUAUUUUUUGGACAUUGAGAAAAUCAAAACUAUUGGCAGCUGCUACAUGGCAGCGUCUGGUCUAUCACCUGAUAAAAAGUCUUGUGUUGUAAAUGACUGGCAUCAUCUCAGUGAGCUGGUUCUGUUCGCUCUGGCUAUGCAGGAGACUCUGAGAGAGAUCAACAAACAUUCUUCCAACACCUUCCAGCUCCGUGUUGGAAUUGCCCAUGGUCCUGUUGUUGCUGGGGUUAUUGGUGCCACCAAACCCCAGUAUGAUAUCUGGGGCAUGACAGUGAACUUGGCAAGUCGGAUGGACAGUACUGGGGUCAGUGGAAGGAUUCAGGUUCCUGAGGCAACGUGCAAUAUUCUGGCAGAGUGGGGUUUUGUGCUAGAGUUGCGAGGCGAGAUAUUUAUAAAGGGCGUCAGUGAGAGGAAGGGGCGUGUCCGAACGUACUUCAUUAGCACCAAAAGGCGUCAGAUGGCAUGCAAUGGGACUUCCAACAGAGGAAAAAAUGGAAGCAAAGAGAGGACCACUCUAGCCGCUGUUGUCUUCAGCCUUGUGCAGGCCAUUCACAGAGAGAAACAGAGAGGCGCCAAUGGAGGUUUCACCCAGCCAAACAGCAACUUGAUGUGAAACAACAAGCCUGAGUUCAUGGUGACCUGAUAGACAUUCAGUUGAGACAUUAACACUGCCUUCUUCAAAAGGAUACCUCAAAGUUAAUUUAAAUGACGUUAUCAUAGAAUCAUCAUAUGGACUUGUCCAUAGAAUACAAUCUGAAACCAUCCCCAUAUCUAUAGAAUCCAAACAGAAGAUUAAUAUACACCGAUCAGCCACAACAUUAAAACCACCUGCCUAAUAUCGUGUAGGUCCCCCUCGUGCCGCCAAAAACAGCUCUGACCCAUCGAGGCAUGGACUCCACAAGACCUCUGAAGGUGUCCUGUGGUAUCUGGCACCAAGACGUUAGCAGCAGAUCCUUUAAGUCCUGUAAGUUGCGAGGUGGCCUCCAUGGAUCGGACUUGUUGGUCCAUCACAUCCCAUAGAUCAAUCAAACUGAGAUCUGGGUAAUUUGGAGGCCUAGUCAACACCUGGAACUCUUUGUCAUGUUCCUCAAACCACUCCUGAACAAUGUUUGCAGUGUGGCAGGGCACAUUAUCCUGCUGAAAGAGGCCACUGCCAUCAGGGAAUACCAUUGCCAUGAAGGUCAAUCGUUAGGUGGUGUACAUGUCAAAGUAACAUCCACAUGAAUGCCAGGACCCAAGGUUUCCCAGCAGAACAUUGUCCAGAGCAUCACACUGCCUCCGCUGGCCUGCCUUCUUCCCAUAGUGCAUCCUGCUGCCAUCUCUUUCCCAGGUAAACGACGCAUACGCACCUGGCCGUCCACGUGAUCUAAAAGAAAACGUGAUUCAUUGGAGGCCACCAGGCCACCUUCUUGCAUUGCUCCAUGGUCCAGUUCUGAUGCUCACAUGCCCAUUGUAGGCAUUUUCGGCAGUGGACAAGGGUCAGCAUGGGCACUCUGACUGGUCUGACGCUACGCAGCCCCAUACGCAGCAAGCUGCGAUACACUGUGUGUUCUGCCACCUUUCUAUCAUGGCCAGCAUUAAGUUUUUCAGCAAUUUGUGCUACAGAAGCUCUUCUGUGGGAUUGGACCAGACGGGCUAGCCUUUGCUCCCCACGUGCAUCAAUGAGCCUUGGGUGCCCAUGGCCCUGUCGCUGGUUCACCGGUUGUCCUUCCUUGGACCACUUUUGGUAACCACUGCAUACCGGGAACACACCACAAGACCUGCCGUUUUGGAGAUGCUCUGACCCAGUCGUCUAGCCAUUUUUCCCGCUUCCAACACAUGAAAUUAUAGAACUGACUGUUCACUUGCUGCCUAAUAUAUCCCACCCCUUGACAGGUGCCAUUGUAACGAGAUAAUCGAUGUUAUUCACUUCACCUGUCAGUGGUUUUAAUGUUGUAGCUGAUCAGUAUAUAUACAUUAUAUAUACAAAAUUCACUUUUAUAUGUUUAACAUAUAACAUACGUUUAACUUAAGACUAAUGAAACUUAAUCUAUAACUUGCCACACGUUAACUAAAGUUAUUGUCGAUUACAUGUUUUGAGACCUUGUGGGCACAAAGUUUACUGAGGUACAAUGUAAAUGUCCAGAUAAUCAUGUUAAAAAUGCAGUCAAUUUUGCAGAACUGCAGCUAAUCCACGCUGAGACAGCAUACAAAUGUCUCUCAUGUACUGAAGAGACAAACUGUGUAUAUGACUUCUUUAUAUGUUCUGUGAGCACUAACUAAAAUCCUUUUGUACAUUUUAAUAUAUAAUAGAGAUUCAGAAAAUGUAAAAUAUUUUUUAAAUCUAAAAUGAUGUUUUUUACGUUAAAAUAUACACCGGCGGCCAAAAGUUUGGAAUAAUGUACAGAUUUUGCUCUUAUAGAAAGAAAUUGGUACUUUUAAUCACCAAAGUGGCAUUCAACUGAUCACAAUGUAUAGUCAGGACAUUAAUAGCAUGAAAAAUUACUAUUACAAUAAUAAUAAUAAUAAAAAAAACAAUUUCAGAACUUCUUAAACUACUUCAGAGUUCUCAUCAAAAAAUCCUCCAUGUGCAGCAAUGACAGCUCUGCAGAUCCUUGGCAUUCUAGCUGUCAGUUUGUCCAGAUACUCAGGUGACAUUUCACCCCACGAUUCCUGUAGCACUUGCCAUAGAUGUGGCUGUCUUAUCGUGCACUUCUUACGUACCUUACAGUCUAGCUGAUCCCACAAAAGCUCAGUGGGGUUAAGAUCCAUAACACUCUUUUCCAAUUAUCUGUUGUCCAAUGUCUGUGUUUCUUUGCCCACUCUAACCUUUUCUUUUUGUUUUUUCUGUUUCAAAAGUGGCAUUUUCUUUGCAAUUCAUCCCAUAAGGCCUGCACCCCUGAAUCUUCUCUUUGACAUGAAACUGGUGUUGAGCGGGUAGAAUUCAAUGAAGCUGUCAGCUGGAGGGGGCCUGGCUAGCUCAGCAAGUAAAGACGCUGACUACCACACCUGGAGUCGCAAGUUCAAAUCCAGGACGUGCUGAGUGACUCCAGUCAGGCUUCCUAAGCAACCAAUUGGCACAGUUGCUAGGGUGGGUACAGUCAUGUUGGGUUAACCUCCUCGUGGUCCAUAUAAUGUGGUUCUUGCUUUCGGUGGGGCACGUGGUGAGUUGUGCGUGGAUGCCGCGGAGAAUAGCGUGAGCCUCCCAUGCACUAGGUCUUCGCGGUAAUGCGCUCAACAAGCCACAUGAUAAGAUGCAUGGACUGACAGUCUCAUACGCAGUGGCAACUGACUGAUGAUACACUGGUAGCCAAAAGUUUGGAAUAAUGUACAGAUUUUGCUGUUUCGGAAGGAGAUUUGUACUUUAAUUCACCAAAGUGGCAUUCAACUGAUCACAAAGUAUAGUCAGGACAUUACUGAUGUAUAAAACAGCAAAUCACUAUUUGAAAAAAGUCAUUUUUGAUCAAAUCUAGACAGGCCCCAUUUCCAGCAGUCAUCGCUCCAACACCUUAUCCUUGAGUAAUCAUGCUAAAUUGCUAAUUUGGUACUAGAAAAUCACUUGCCAUUAUAUAAAACACUGCUGAAAACUAUUUGGUUCGUUAAAUGAAGCUUAAUAUUGUCUUUGCGUUUGUUUUUGAGUUGCCAUAUGCAACAGGGUGCCUUAAGGUCAAUAUUAGGUCAAAAAUGGCAAAAAAGAAACGGCUUUCUCUAGAAACUCGUCAGUCAAUCAUUGUUUUGAGUAAUGAAAUCUAUCCAAUGCUUGAAAUUGCCAAAAAACUGAAGAUUUCUUACAAAGGAGUACACAACAGUCUUCAAAGACAAAGGACAACUGGCUCUAACAAGGACAGAAAGAGAUGUGGAAAGCCAGAUGUACAACUAAACAAGAGGAUAAGUACAUCAGAGUCUCUAGUUUGAGAAAUAGAAGCUGACAGCUUCAUUGAAUUCUACCCACUCAACACCAGUUUCAUGUACAACAGUAAAGAGAAGACUCAGGGGUGCAGUGUCUUGUCAGUGUCAGUGCCACAUCUAUGGCAAGUGCUACAGGAAGCGUGGGGUGAAAUGCCACCUGACUAUCUGGACAAACUGACAGCUAGAGUACCAAGCAUCUGCAAAGCUGUCAUUUCUGCAUGUGGAGGAUUUUUUGAAGAGAACUCUUUGAAGUAGUUUGUUUAAUUUGAAAUUAAAAAAAAUUUCAAAUUGUAAUAGUAAUUUUUCACAUU